AUGGGGCGGAGUGGUGCAGCGGCGGUGUCCGCGGGGCUGUGGGUCUUGGUGACGGUGGGCGUGGCGGCGGACCCCCGCGCGGCGGCGCCCCGGCGCUGCCUCCUGUCGCACUACCGCUCGCUGGACCCCGGGGCGCUGGCGGCGGUCAAGGCGCUGAGGGACCGCUACGAGGAAGAGACGCUGAGCUGGAGGCCGCGCCGCUGCUCCUUGCGGCCCUCGGGGAGUCCGCGAGCCGGCGGGGAGGCACGGGCCCGGGCGGCCCUCUCUCACUCCAGGUCCCCACAGUCGUGCGCGCGCCUCCGCCUCGUGGCCCGGGGCAUCGCGGACGCCCAGGCCGUGCUGAGCAGCCUGCGAGGUCCCGAGCGGGUCCCCGGCACCGGCCCGACCCUGGAGCUGCUGGCGGCCGCGGCCCGGGACGUGGCGGCCUGCCUCGAGCUGGUCCGGCCAGGCUCCUGGAGGAAGUCCCUGCGGCCACCCAGGAGGCGUCCCAAAGCACGGAGAGCUGACUCGCCUCGGUGCCACGAAGCCACCGUCAUCUUCACCCUCCUGCGCCUGCUCACGUGGGACCUGAGGCUCGUGGCGCACGCGGGGCCUUGUGUCUGA